AGAGCCCGGAAGCGGGAAGGAAGGCAAGUGGACACUUUGCUUGUUUGUUGACAUCGCGGCCAACUCAUCGCGGCGGGACGAGCGACGGAGAACCAUUCUGCCUCUCCUCACCACCUUUCUUGGGCUUCCUCUGGAGGUGCCACGGCUCCGGCAGACGGCUGUGCUCUCGAGAGUAAUCGGUUCUGGAGGCGAACUCGCGGUGUGGACUGUAGUGCCUGCAGUGACAGUGGGCUUGAUCUGUCAGGAAAGCUUAUCAUUAAGGCCCAGUUGGGUGAUGACAUCCGAAGGAUCCCCAUCCACAACGAAGACAUGACCUAUGAUGAACUGAUCCUGAUGAUGCAAAGAGUCUUUCGGGGCUCCUUGUCACCGGAUGAUGACAUUACCCUGAAGUAUAAGGAUGAAGAUGGUGACCUAGUAACCAUUUUUGACAGCUCUGAUCUGGCCUUUGCCAUUCAGUGCAGCCGCAUCCUCAGGCUCACCAUCCUCCCUAAUGGUCAGAAGUCUGCUGCCAUGGCUCCUCCCUUCUCGACUUUGACUGUCCGACGAGAACUGCGAGCAAUCCGUGACCGAGUUACAGCCCUACUUGACACCCUUGAUGUGUCUGCAGAUAUUGGGCCUAAGGCCACUUCUGAUUCUGAUGCUGGUGGCAAUAGUGGGGCUACUGGUUCUCCUGCACCAAACUCCAGCAUGCAGUUGAAUGUUUCCUCAAAGGAAUUUGAUCCUCUCCAGGCAUCUGAUCAACAG